AACCUGCAGCUCCGCAUCUCCUGCUCAGUGUGCAGCUCCCUUCCCUUCAUCACAGACAGUCCCUGGGGAACAGAAGUGAUGGACCUCAAGGAGUUUUGCCUGAGUGAGAACUUCCAGUUUCUAAACCAGCACAAUCUUUUGGAUGCGUCCGCCUCUGAUGACCCUCCGUCCCCGACCGAUGCGCCGCUCAAAGCCGCCCCGCUGAGCCCCUCGCUCGGCCUGGACAGCAGCGCGACCCCCUUCAGCCCCGGCAGCGCGUCGGACAGCAGCGGCUACAGCGUUUUCUCCGGGAACCCGUCUCUGAACCCGGACUCCCCCGUCAGCUCCAGCUCCAUCUCCAGCAGCAGCGCUGCGGCUCUCUAUCAUCCCGCCGCUCACACAGAGCCCCUGCUCAGCUGCGACUACAUCGCGUCGCUGAACCCGGGGCCCAAGCGCCUGUGCCUGGUGUGCGGAGACUUCGCGUCCGGAUAUCACUACGGCGUCGCGUCGUGCGAGGCGUGCAAGGCCUUCUUCAAAAGAACCAUUCAAGGAAACAUCGAGUACAGCUGUCCGGUGGUGAACGACUGUGAGAUCACCAAGAGACGGAGGAAAUCAUGCCAAGCGUGUCGUUUCCAGAAGUGCCUGCGUGCCGGCAUGAUGAGAGAGGGUGUGCGUAUGGACCGCGUGAGAGGAGGCCGACAGAAGUACAAGCGCAGAGUGGAUUCAGCGCUCUCUCUCUUCACCAAAACACCUUACGCUCAUCCCAGCAAACCGAUCCGAAACAAAGUGAUCUCUCAGCUCCUCGUGUCUGAACCAGCUCCUCUGAGAGCCGCCCCUGACCCCGAGACCCCCGACAGUGACCUUAAAACGCUGCUGACCUUAUGUGACCUCUUAAACAGAGAGCUGCUGGUUAUGAUCGGCUGGGCCAAACACAUUCCAGGUUUCUCCGGCCUCUCGCUGGUGGAUCAGAUGGCGCUGCUCCAGAGCGGCUGGAUGGAGACGCUGGUGCUGAACGUGGUUUGGAGAUCUCAGGGUUCGGCUGACGAGCUUCAGUUUGCGGAGAACCUGCGACUGAACGAGAGCCAGUGUCGAGCCGCAGGACUGCAUGAUCUCUACACGGCUCUGAGACACCUGACCUCCAAAUACCAGCAGAUGGGCCUCAACCAGGAGGAGCUGCUCACUCUCAAAGCCAUGGCUCUGGCCAACUCAGACGCAGAGAAUGUGGAGGGCGCCGAGGCCGUGCAGCGCUUCCAGGACGCGCUCCACGAGGCCCUGCAGGACUACGAGAGCAGCCAGCGUCCGUCCGAAGCCCACCGCGCAGGACGCCUGCUCAUGACGCUCCCGCUGCUGCGUCAGACGGCGCUCAGAGCCGUGCGCUGCUUCAGCCGGCUGCACAGGGACGGACGCGUGCCCAUGCACAAACUCUUCCUGGAGAUGCUGGACGCCACGAUCUAGAGCAGGACUGAGGCAUUUUAACCCCUUAAGUGUCACCCCCAUUUCUGAACACUAUACAAACUUAUCCAGAAGUUUUUUUUAAGACAAUCUGCAGAUUAUUGCAGAAGCGGAAUCAUUUAAAAAAAAAAAUACUGUAAAGAAAAUGCACUGUACCAUUUUUUAAAUGAAAAAUAAAUAUUUUACAAUCCAAAACUGAUAUAAAAGUAAAGUCUUAUGUCUAAAUAAGCUAUGUUCCAAAUUUGAAGUUGAUAUUAAAAAAAUGAAAUUUUAUUUAAAGCUUCAUACCACAAACAGCCAUCCAAACUCCAUUUAAUUUUUGUUUGCAUAUCUAAAUUUCUCUGCUAUUACUUUUUAAUUACUAUUAAAAACUAAUCAAUGCUAUUAGCUAAUUAACAAUUAAGUAAAUAAUUAGUUAAUAACUAAAUAAUACUAAUUAGUACUAUUAAUGACUCUGCUAUUACUAUUCUCUUACUUCUAUCACAAAAUAACCACCCAAUAUUGAAUUUUGAGACACAGACCUUUCCGACGAUAUGUAUUUUGUCAAGUUUAUAAAGUUUUGAUAGUAAAAGAGCGUAAUAUGACACUUGACCCCGCCCACUUAGGGGGAGGAGACUGCCAAAAAUAUAUUAAAGCUCCAUUUUCACGGAAAAGCAAUGUCGGUUUUCAAAAUGGUUUUCAAAGGAUGAAUUUCGAGAUUACUUAAGUAUGUAAUAGAGAAAAAAGACACAGAAAACAAGGCACUUAAGGGGUUUUACUAGAGCAGCUCCACAUGGACAUCAGGGUAAUCACGUCCAGUGCUAAACCAGUCUGGCAGCUAACCUGCACUCGAUGACGAGAGGUUCAUAUCGCUCUCCGUCUCACUGAAGCACAAUCUUUUACUAUUUAUUUGAUUUAUACCGAGAUGACCAUUUGAUAUGGUGUCAGCGAUAGCUCAGAAGCAAUUUUUUUGUUUUACAUGAUAUAUCAAUGUUUUUCAUUUUUGAUUCUGUAGAGGUUUGUCAUUCUAGUUUUGGGAAUUCGGACACUAUUGAAGACGCAAGACAGUUCCGGCGACCAGCAUCACAAACAGCAACACAAAUAGUCUGCAGUACAUUGUCAAGCUAUUGAGCAAUAUGCCUUUCUAUUUAUUGUCUAAUUUAUCACAAAUGCCAUCUAUCUGCUGUUAUUUAUAUGAAAAUAAAUUAUUUUUUGGAAUUGUC